GACAAAAGCAAUUUCUAUAUUUAUAUUGACAAAAAUAAUUGUGAUAUAUUGCAUACAUUUCAAUAACCAGUUUUUGUAGAUGCACAAUUUCUAGUAACACCUCUCUCUUCCCACGACUUCUAUAUAGGUCGGUUCACGGUACAAGGAGCCGAGACUUCCAGAAGAAUGAAAAGAUUGAGGUUUUAUGAAAAGAUUCCGAUUUUAGAUUUUUAGAUUUUAUUGGGAUUCAUUACAGAUUAGCAUUAGGAUUAGGGUGUUAGGCCGAUUAAUUAGAUAUUAGAAUAGAUUAUCAUAUAUAGUUGAUUAGUGUUUUCUGUAUUGUAAGUGCAGUCAAUUAGUAUCUUUAAUAAUUUCAUUUCGUAUGACAUGAAAAUGAAACUAACAAAGAAAUAUGUUGAUGAUUUGGCGUGGAGUUCUCUAAUUUACCCAAAAGAUGAAUUUGAUCUGGCUCUGACACUUCGAAGUGGCCAAUCUUUUAGAUGGCUAAAAUAUGAUGAUGGUAGUACUACUACUACUACUGAUACUGCUGAUCAAUGGAUUGGUGUUGUAGAAAAUGAUGUCUGGAUCCUCAGACAAAAUAGGGGUGUACUUCAGUACAAAAUUAUCAAUGACAACAACAUUAACAACUACAUCAUCAACAACAAAUUUGACAACAUCAGUAACAAUGACAGUCCCAUCCAUAAAAAUCCUAAUAUGGCCAGCUCCGACAGUUCUCAGGACUCUAAAAUCAGGAAUUAUUUCCAUCUAGAUCUUUCUCUCCUGGAGUUACAUAAACAGUUUACUGAAAAAGAUAAAGACUUCUUAACAAGAUUUCCUAGCUCAAAAAGCGUUAGGCUACUUAGGCAAAACCCAGUAGAAGUUUUGUUUUCUUUCAUAUGCUCCACUAACAACAAUAUCAGGAGAAUCUGCAACAUGGUAGAAUGCAUGUGUCGGCUGUUUGGGGCUGUUAUUGUCCAGAUUGAUGGGAAGGCUUAUCACAAAUUUCCAACCGUCAGUAGUUUGGCUGAAACAAGUGUUGAGGCAGAAUUAAAAAAAUCAGGGUUUGGUUACAGAGCCAAGUUCAUCAAUGAAACUGCCAAAAAGCUUCUAAAAGAACAUGAAAACAAUAAUAAUAACAACGAUGAUAACAAUAAUAAUAACAUUAAUAAUGUUGAUGAUAAUAAUAUAGAUGAUAGUGCUGAUGGUCGCUGUGAGAGGUAUCUAUUUGGUCUUCGGAAUGGCAAAUAUGACGACGCCAAAAAGAUAUUAUUGCAGUAUCCAGGCAUCGGUCCAAAGGUUGCAGACUGCAUAUGCCUCAUGUCUCUCGACCAAUUAAACGCCGUCCCCGUUGACACGCACGUUCGCCAGGUGGCGGAGAAGAUUUAUAAUUUCAAAAUGGAGGCCAAGUCCCUAACUACAAACUCCUAUGAUAAGAUAUCCACAUUUUUUCAAUCACUCUGGGGACGGUAUGCCGGAUGGGCACAGAGUAUCGCAUUUUCUGGUCAGUUGAAUUUAGAUGCUAAUACUACAACAUCAUCUGUAGCACUACUGAAAGUUGCACGCAACAAACGAAAAAGAAAAAAAUAAAAUUGUUAUUAUUUUUGUUGUUGUUUAUAAUAAUAUGCACUCGAAAUACGUAAAGAACGCCUGCACGAGAUUGACUAAUCGUGAUCACAAAAAUUUCAAGUCAAACAGAUUUCAUUGAUUGGAACGGUCUUUAUUAUAACAAAAAAAAACGAACAAUAAUAAUAAAUAAUAAUUACGAAACGGUUUUUAUUUGAAAGUAUUAAAUCAUGGGAAGAUGA